AUGCCUGAAAUAAGUCAUGAAUCCACUCCAGGCAGUGCUGCUGCCGAACAAUCAACAUUUAAUGGUUUUAUUAAAAGGGAGAAGAGCGCGUUUAAAAACAGAAUUAUCACAUUAUCAUACAAUAUCAAUAAUGAACAAUGUCUCAUACCAGAAAUAUUGUUGAAAAAAGCUGGCAGAGAAUUUAUGGAGGAAGUCUAUAAAUUUUUAAAACUUAAUAUUGGCAUAAAGUUCAACGUUGAACUCCAUGCUCUUUACGCCAAGCCCAACUUAGAUGAUUUAGAAAACACCCCAUUAGAUGUGAAAAGUUUUCAAACAAAAAUGAAAGAAAUGUUCGACAUCAGCGAAUUUGAAGUAAAAUUUACCAACAAUAUUGGAAGCAUUUUACAAAAAAUGGAAGAGUUUCAGGAAAGAGACAGUGGUUGGACUUUAGUACAAUUAAUAAAAGUUGUUCUAAAUAUAAAUAAGUAUCAACCACUGAAGGGUUCAUCCUAUAUAUCACUACCCAAAAAAUUGUUAAUGAAGAACGCAUGCGUAAAUGUCAAAAAUAAUGAUGAAUUUUGUUUCAAAUGGGCCGUGAUUUCAGCCAUAGUUAAUUUGGAAACAAAGGCAAAUCGUACAUCAAAUUAUAAAGUGAAUAUUUUGUCGAAAAAUAUUAACUUAAAGGGCUAUUGCUUAAAUUUCAAUGGGUUGAGCUUCCCAUUAAAAAUAAAGGAUAUAACCAUUUUUGAAGAAAAUAACCCAUGUAUAAGUAUAAAUGUAUUUGGAUAUGAUGAAGCAAAAAACAUUGUUGUUGGGCCAUACUAUAAAACAAAAUGCAAAAAGCCUAAUCAUAUUAAUCUUUUAUUUCUUCAAAAAAGUAUUGGGGAUAAUACCAUGUGUCAUUAUGUAUGGAUUAAAUCUAUUUCAAGAUUGAUUAGAAACCAACAAACGAAAAGAAAAGAGAAGGUAUUUGUAUGUGAUGAUUGCUUACAACAUUUUCAUCUGAUAGAAAAAUUGGUAGCACACCAGAAGAAUUGCGGUCAAAAAGUAUCUUAUGUUCCGGAAAAAGAUAAGUCUACUUUAGAAUUUCAAAACUAUUGUAAUUCCAUGGAUGUACCGUUUGUAGUAUAUGCUGAUUCUGAAUGUAUAUUUGAAAAUAUUCAAACAUGCAUUCCGAACAUGGAUUCAUCAUCGACAACAUUAGUUGAUAAACAUAUUCCAUAUGCAUUUUCAUACUACAUUAAGUGUGCUUUUGAUAAUAGUUUAAGUAAAUUACGUAGUUUUAAGGGAUUUAACUCAGCAAAAUUAUUUAUAGAGAAUUUAGUAUCAGAUGCUAAAUUUUUAAAUGAUAAUUAUUUAAAAAAUAUUAUACCAAUGGCACCCUUGACCGAAGAGGAAAAUUUAGAUUUUUAUUCAAAUAAUAUAUGUCAUAUUUGCUCAAAAAAUAUUUUAAAUGAAGAAAAAGUAAGAGAUCAUUGUCAUUUAAGUGGAAAAUAUAGGGGACCGGCUCAUAAUACUUGUAAUAUAAAUUACAAAUUACCUUCAUUUAUCCCAGUUAUUUUUCACAACUUUUCGGCAUAUGAUUGUCAUUUAUUUGUGAAAGAGCUUAAUAAUAUUGAUGAUGGUCCCAUUAAUAUUAUUCCACUCAAUAAGGAGUUGUAUAUAUCUCUUUCAAAAACUAUUAAUAGCGAUAACGGUCGCAAUAUUGAAAUAAGAUUUUUAGACUCAUACCGGUUUAUGACAUCGAGUUUAGAUAAUUUAGUUAAAAAUUUAACUCAGGAUGAACUGAAAGUCGUCAAAGAAUUUCAUUCUGACGAUAAAAAAAAACUCCAAGAACCUUGUUUACCAACCAUAGAUGAGUUCUUUAAUAAAUUAACUGAAUCAGAAUGUUCUAUAGAGGACUAUGCACAUGCACAAAAAGUUUGGAAUACUUUUGAGUGCAAAACAUUAGAAGAUUACUUAAUGUUAUACUUAAGAAGUGAUGUUUUAUUAUUAGCCGAUGUAUUUGAAAACUUUAGAUUAGUCUGUAAAAACAUCUAUAAUUUAGAUCCAUGUCAUUACUAUACGGCACCUGGUCUAUCUUGGGAUGCAAUGCUAAAAAUAACAAACAUAAAAUUAGAUUUGCUUACCGAUAUUGAAAUGAUUAAUUUUUUACAAAAAGGAAUUAGAGGUGGAAUUGUUCAAUGUUCUCAAAGACAUUCUGUUGCAAACAACAAAUAUCUUUCUGACUACAAUGACAAAUUGCCCUCUAAAUAUUUAACAUAUUUAGAUGCUAACAACUUAUAUGGUUGGGCAAUGUCUCAAUCUUUACCAGAGUGUGAUUUUGAGUGGAUUGAAGAUAUUAGAAACUUUUCAUUGGAAAGUAUUCCGAUAGAUUCUGAUACUGGAUAUAUUUUAGAGGUAGAUUUGAUAUAUCCCAUAGAAAUUCAUGAUAGUCACAACAAUCUACCAUUUUGUUGUGAAAAUAAAGCACCACCCAGUUCUAAAGAGAAAAAAUUAAUUGUGGAUUUAAACAACAAACAUCAAUAUGUAAUCUAUUAUAAGAAUUUACAACAAUGCUUAAACCACGCUCAACUUAAUUAUAUGGACACUGAUUCAUUCAUUUAUACAAUUGAAACGGAUGAUUUCUAUAAAGAUAUAAUUGAUGAUAUCGAUUCAAGAUUCGACACUUCGGAAUACGAAUCUGAUAAUCGUUUUGGUAUACCAAAAAAGAAUAAGAAAGUGUUAGGAAUGAUGAAGGAUGAAAAUAAUGGUAUACUUAUGAAAGAAUUUAUAGGUUUAAGAGCUAAAAUGUAUUCAUUUAAAACUGAAGAUCAUAAAGAAAUCAAAAAGCUAAGGGUGUCAAAAGUAAUGUAG